AAAUUAUACAUUUUUAACCCUACAUUACAGAGAACCUUAAUUCCUCCCCAUUCCGGGUUUAUAUUAUCGUAUUUACUCGAAUAUCUGCUUAUCUCAAGCAGUAAUACAAGUGUUGUACUGAAGACAAAGUGUGAAUGAAGAUAUAAACUGAAAUAGACACGUUCUCUAAGCGAGAAAGUUAAUGGACGAUGGAGUAGAGUUACUGACUCAAAGUGUAUUGAGGCAAAUACGCGGACAAUGGGUGUUGUGCAAAUAGAACCUCGGAACUCGGGGGUCGUUCUCGGGAGUAUGAUCAGUUCGACCACUCCUCAGCAGAUACGAUUGAUAUUGUUCUGGCUUCUCAUCUCGUCUACGUCAUCCAUCUCAAUAGUAACACAGGGUAGACACUUCUGGUAUGAAGAGGCCGGCCGAUCGCUACAGCAGCGUCUCCGUGGCCUCGAUACCCCAACGUCCCGGGAGAGGGCCCGCAGUAUAGUGCUCCUUGUGGGAGACGGGCUUGGACUGUCCACCUCUACCGCUGCCAGAAUAUUCAAGGGCCAGAGACAAGGAGAGUUGGGUGAGGAUCAUCUUCUCUCCUGGGACAAGUUCCCCGCCGUUGCACUUGCUAAGACGUACAACUUGGACGCCCAAAUCGGAGAGUCCAGUGCGUGCGCCACAGCACUCCUGUGUGGGGUCAAGGCGAACUACGAAACUGUGGGCCUGGAUGCUGGAGCCAAAUUCGAGGACUGCUAUUCUACUCUGCAUUCUAAAGUGGAGAGUCUUAUGCUCUGGGCUCAAAGGGAAGGUAAAGCCACGGGCCUGGUGACCAACACGAGGGUAUCGCACGCAACACCAGCCGCCCUGUACGCCCACUCGGCUAGCCGUUACUGGGAGGAUGAUGCCAAGGUGCCACCCAAGGCUAGGAAGACCUGCAAGGAUAUCACCAGGCAACUCAUAGAGGAUGAGCCAGGCAGGAACAUUAAUGUGGUCCUAGGAGGUGGCAGGAGACACUGGUUACCGAAGGUGGCUCGAGAUCCCGAGCAGACUGUGGAGGAGGGACGGCGACUGGACGGCCGCAACCUGAUCGACGACUGGCUCAGGGACAAGAAGAAGAGAGGCCUCAAGGGCGAGUACGUGUGGAACAAACAACAGAUGGACACAGUCAACCCUGCCAAGACUGAUUAUCUGCUGGGUUUGUUUGCCUACUCUCAUAUGGAGUUUGAGGCAGAGCGAGACCAGAGAUCUACCGGAGACCCUUCUUUGGCAGAAAUGACAACUAAAGCACUCAAAAUACUCAUGAAAAACCCGAACGGAUUCUUCUUGUUUGUUGAAAGUGGGAGAAUCGACCACGCUCACCACUACAACAAUCCAUACCGAGCCCUGGACGAGACUCUGGUCCUGGAUGACACUGUCCUGACUGUUCUGUCCACCGUAAACCUUUCUGAUACCCUGCUGGUCCUCACCUCGGACCACUCACAUGUCUUGACAUUAGGAGGACUAGCUACACCCAGAGGAAAUCCUAUUCUAGGAACGGAUCCAAAGCCGUCCGACACAGAUGGACUACCAUAUUCCAGUCUUCUCUACGGUAAUGGACCGGGUCACACGAGUCCCCGAUCCAUACCCUCCAACAGCUCCACUGGGGGUCUUAACGCUGUCCAUAGCGCCGCUGUGCCUCGGCAGUGGGCGACCCAUGGGGGAGAGGAUGUCCCAGUCUACGCACAGGGUCCUCUAGCGAGAGAGCUUUUCAGUGGCACCGUGGAUCAGAGCUAUAUCCCGCAUGCCAUCGCCUAUAUUGCCUGCUUGGGUCCCCACAAGGCUAGAUGUUCUUCAUCUGAAAACGCAACUCGGAGCACUGUGGGGUGUACGGUGACAGAAAGCCCAAAGUCUGGGACAGCGGGAGCAGGAACUGGAGCUGGACUAGUUCUAGCCUCUAGUGUAAUGUCUGAUGACAAUUCUCUUGUCUCUCUCAGCCCUGCACCUUUUCGUUGUUUUAUCAUUUCUCCUCUAAUAUUACUCACACUUCUGUAUGCAAUAACCUAGAAUAUACUAUAGUAUGAAAUACCAUAUCUGUAUAUUUUGUAAACAUCAAGUUUUCUAGACAAAUUUUGUUUUAAAAUUUUUUACAUAGUUACAAUAGUUUUUCUAUGCAAUUUUGUAAACAUUUCAUACAUGGUGAACUUUCACAUGAGAACUCUGUAAUUAGUGUUUAUAUAUAAUAGUUGGACUUUUCAUGAUAUGCUUACUUGGUGGUGCAAUCGGUUUUUCGGUCCAGUUAUUCUUUUUCUAUUAGUCACAGCUCUUUCAGGUAAUACUCAUAAAGACAGGAAAAUAAAAUGAAAAUUUGGCAAUGUAAAAUUUAACAUUAAGAUGAAUUUUAGGAAUCUAAAUUUGGACAAUUUUGUAAUCAGAUAAGAAAAUCGACUGAAAUAGUGAUAUGGAUUUUUACGGUAUGUAUAAAAACCAUUAUAUUUAAUGAAUAACGUUUUAAGGAAAUGACGUCUUUUAAAUUAAAUAUGACUUUUUGUUUGUAUAAAACAUGUCAUAACCCUCAAUCAUAUUUUAAAUACGAUUCAUGCCCUUCUUGCAGUCGUUUUCCUGUUUUCAAAAUAAUCCAAAUUACUACUUUAAAUUGCUAGAAUAUUUUGUGGAGAGUCCAAACACAAUUUUCUAUUUUUAUGACUUCAGGAAAGGGAUCUUAAACGGCUGUAACUAAAAUAUUUUAAAUGGUUUUUGAACAUUAACCUAACUAGUCACGGAUUGCACUUCCUUAGUCACGAGUUAGAAGUGCAAAAAUACAAUCUUUCGGGGCAGUAUUACUGAUUCUGGACAACUUUUUUAGCACAUGUUAAUUGUCGUUAUAGAUAUUCGCUACUCUUUAACUAAUUCCUGAAACACGCAUGGUGAUAUCUUCAAGUGUGAACUUAACCUAAAAUAUUGUAAACUACAGAAGAACGUAAAGCUAGUACAGUGCAUUUCAUUUGCUGAACUGAAUUAAAAAACAAUAACAGAAGUAGCUCGUUGGCUGAUCAUUAUCAGUAAUUACAGGCCUUGCCUAAUCCACAAACUCUUAUAUUAUUCUCUGAACUGUUUCUUCGAUUUUUAAUACUCUCCCCCACUACAAAUCAAUUUUUCCCAAUUUAGGUAUAUUUCGAGACUUCUCCCACUUUUCCGGUACUGACAGAUUGUCUAUAAUGCCGUACUCGUAAUAAAUAUGACAAUCAGUCAACAACACAAAAUCAUUUAUCGACACUGUAAAUACUUCUAUGAUUAUUUAUUUAAAUUUUAAAUAUAAGUGCCUUAUAAUGUCAUAAAUCAUAUACCAUCUUUUCAUACAUAAUGUCUAUCAGUGUGUUUGUAUAUCCUGUCAAUAGUUUUAACCAUUUUUUUUUACACGAACAUAGAUUAUACUAGCAAACGCCUAAGUUAUAGAUUUUUGAAUUGUACAUAUCAUAUAGUAAGAGCAUGUGUGCUGAUGUAUUAUAAUAAUUGUAGGUGUUUAACACACUAUAUUUAAGUUUUUAUGUUAGAGAUUAAGUUAAAUAAAGAGUUUCAAUAUAAAACUGG